GUCUACGAAGGACUCGUACGCGAUGUCAAAAGUACAAAGCGUGACCUGUACUACAGGAACGUGGCGCUCUUCAAGUCACAGAGCGUUGUGGAUCGUCUCCUGAGCCAGCUCGAACUGACUUAUGAGUGCGAGCGACAUGAGUUCAACGUCGUGGCAUCUGCCAAAGGACUUUUGUUUGGUCCAGCAGCAAUCACAAUGACAGAUGGGCAGGUCCUCGAUCUCUCAAGCCAAGCGCGCAACAUUACUGAUGUCGAACAUUAUGCUGCAAUUGACUUGUCGAACAUCGAGACGGUACUUGUGGUGGAAAAAGACGCCGUCUUUCAGACACUGUGCCAAUCAGUGAGCGCAGCGCCUGCCAGCCAUCCUUGCAAGAACUGGCUCCUCCUGACUGCCAAAGGCUAUCCCGAUGUGAGCUCCAGACAGGCGCUGAAAUUCAUCGAAGCGAGCAUCACCACUUCAACAGAUGUCAGCAUCCGAGCAAUCCCGCUGUUGUGCCUCGUCGAUUUGGAUCCGCACGGCAUUGAGAUUCUUGCUACUUGGAAGUAUGGCUCUGUGGCUCGAGCAGCACACUCGCGGCAUCUUGCAGUGACGAGUCUGCGAUGGCUUGGCGUACAUGUCGAGGAAAUUGCCGAUGUUGCUGCUCACAUGCUGCCGCUGACACCAGCAGACAAUAGGAAGGCAGACGCAUUGUUGUGCAGAAAAUGGUGUACUGGAUCCAUGCAGAGUCGAAACUGGCGACAACAAGUCAUGCGCUUGAAGCAGCUCCAAUUGAAGGCUGAGAUCGAGAUCUUGGCAGAGAAGCAAGAUGGACUGCUUAGUACGCUGACGAACUGGAUUCAGUAUGGCAACUGGCUGUAA